AUGCAUAAAAUCCGUUCUUACGCGCGGCGGGCUGCAUGGUACGACAACGAAGGAGAAAACACCCAUAAUCCCUUCAAGAAAAUUCGAGUCAACAGACGUCGCAAACAAAAUGCGACCAGAGAUAUAGAACAAGGUGUGCUCGCUCGCGGCGGUAACCAAGGAUCUUCGUCAACUGGCGAUCGGGACUCACAAGAAAAAGACCUCCCAACUUUGGCCGGUAGUGAAGAUGCGAUCAAUGUCUCGCGUGAUAUCAAUGGUGAAGAGGGUGUUCCGAGACGGAGAAAGACAGGUAUUUCGGAAGCGCCAACUGAAGCCGAUGAUCCAGCAUCCAGUUCCAGCAAUGGAAAGCCCCGUUUCACUGUAGCCAGCCAGCUACGUGCGACCAUCUUCAAUUCCUAUAUCAACGUUCUACUUGUCCUUGUUCCAGUCGGCAUUGCUCUGAAUUAUACCAGCGUUAGCCGAACGGCAGUCUUCGUUGUUAACUUCCUUGCCAUUAUCCCGCUGGCGGCGAUGUUGAGUUAUGGCACGGAAGAAAUUGCUCUUCGAACUGGAGAAACUCUGGGAGGUCUUUUGAACGCUAGUUUCGGAAACGCAGUCGAACUGAUUGUUGCCAUCAUUGCCUUGUUCCAUGACGAAAUUACUAUUGUUCAAACUUCCUUGAUUGGAAGUAUGCUUUCCAACCUGCUCCUGGUUAUGGGAAUGUGCUUCUUUUUCGGUGGUAUCAACCGUAUCGAGCAAAAGUUCAACGAAGUUGUUGCGCAGACUGCAGCUAGUCUGUUGGCUCUUGCAGUUGGUAGCUUGAUUAUUCCUACGGUAUUCCACAUGUGGGCCAGUGGUGGUGCUUCUCACACCGAUGAACUUUCCCGCGGUACUAGUGUGAUCUUGCUACUAGUCUACGGCGCUUACAUCUUCUUCCAACUCAAGACCCAUGCAGAAAUCUACAAUGCGCCCAGCGAAAAAACAGAGAAGAGAUCCAAGAGUCGUGCCAAAGGCGAUACCCACAAAGGAUUAGUUGCAAUCGGUGCUCUGGGAGCCGGCAUGAGCAGUCAGUCAGCUCAACAGCAUCUUGAUAGCCGAGAAGGCGAAGAAGAGGAAGAAGAGAAGGAGGUGCCACAGCUUCACUUUUAUGUGGCUGUUGCAACUCUUCUCAUCUCUACUGUGCUAGUGGCGCUCUGUGCAGAGUACAUGGUCGAUGCGAUUAGUACAGUUACGGCAGAAAACAAAGCUAUUUCACAAACAUUUGUCGGAUUGAUCUUGUUGCCCAUUGUCGGUAACGCAGCUGAGCACGCUACUGCAGUGACUGUUGCAGUCAAGGAUAAGAUGGAUCUUGCUAUUGGUGUUGCGGUGGGAUCGAGUAUGCAGAUUGCCCUUUUGGUUCUUCCACUGAUUGUUGUCAUUGGAUGGAUUGCGGGCAAGGACGAUAUGACUCUUGAUUUUGGUGACGGAUUCCAAGUUGUCGUUUUGUUUGUCGCCGUUCUAUUGGUCAACUACCUUAUCGCCGAUGGAAAAUCACAUUGGCUAGAAGGCGUUUUACUGAUGACUCUUUACAUCAUCAUCGCCAUCGCUGCAUGGUUCUACGACAACUAA